AGCCAGGAAGACGGCCGAGGAAGUGACGUCCAGAGAGCGGCAGCGCCGGUUCGGAUAAACUCCGAGAGGACCAGAGCGAGCAGCUUCUUCGCUUGUGCGACCGGCAGGAGGCGAACAUGUCGGAGCGGAAAGUUCUAAACAAAUACUACCCACCUGACUUCGAUCCGUCAAAGAUCCCGAAACUCAAGCUACCCAAGGACCGGCAAUAUGUGGUUCGAUUGAUGGCCCCCUUCAACAUGAGGUGUAAGACAUGUGGGGAAUACAUCUACAAGGGGAAGAAGUUCAAUGCCCGCAAAGAAACCGUCCAGAACGAGGCCUACCUGGGUCUGCCUAUCUUCCGCUUCUAUAUCAAGUGCACGCGCUGCUUGGCCGAGAUCACCUUCAAGACAGACCCGGAGAACACAGACUACACCAUGGAGCAUGGGGCCACGCGAAAUUUCCAGGCUGAGAAGCUCCUGGAGGAGGAGGAAAAGCGUGUGCAGAAGGAGCGCGAGGACGAGGAGCUGAACAACCCCAUGAAGGUCCUAGAGAACCGCACGAAAGACUCGAAGCUGGAGAUGGAGGUGCUAGAAAACCUGCAGGAGCUGAAGGACCUGAACCAGCGGCAGGCGCAUGUGGACUUCGAGGCCAUGCUGCUGCAGCACCGCCUGUCACAGGAGCAGCGGCGACAGCAGCAGGAGGAGGAAGAUGAGCGAGAGACAGCGGCCUUGCUGGAGGAGGCUCGCCACCGCAGGCUUCUGGAGGAUUCUGACUCAGAAGAUGAAGCUCCGCCUUCCAGACCACGGGCAGCAGCAAGACCCAACCCCACAGCCAUCCUGGAUGAGGCGCCGAAGACCAAGAGGAAGGCAGAGGCGGUGGGCAGCAGGGCACAGCUGGCUGGCUUGGUUGUGCCAAAGAAGGUGAAGAUGGAAGCCAAUGGGGGCUCAGAGCAGGUCUGGAUGCACUCCUCAGGUGCCCCCGAGAGCAGAAAGGCGACCAGCCUUGCACCCCAGAAACCUGGGGCCUCCUCCCUGAGCCAGCUGGGUGCGUAUGGGGACAGCGAGGACAGUGACAGCUGAGCCCCCAUGGUGGCAUCACAGACCCAAGAAGCCAGAGAAGGAGAUGGGAAUCAAGAAAACACCCUCAGCAGACGCCUCAUGACCGUGCCUGCCAUUGGUCACCGCAGGGUGUAGAGAGCCAGUGUCUCAGCACCAGGCGUACCAGGACAGAUAGCCUGGUCCAUUCUGCAGUCCUUGAGUUAUGGGCGGCCUGUUUGCCCUGUCCCUUCCUGCUACAGAUCUGAACACUAUCUGACAUUGGGCAAGGGGCAGGGUCCCUGGGGACCAUCUCCCAACAAGGCUCUUCCCUCAACACAAUACUGUAUGAAAAAGAAAAUCAAUUGGUAACCAUGUGGACCAGCGAGAGACCCUGCCCAACUGUAUGACCAGAGCUUAAUACUCUCCUGGGAUUUCAGCUACACCCCCAGCCUGGGCCCUCAGCACAAGUCCUUCAUUCAGAAUUUGGCCUUACAUUAGUCUGUGUUCUGGUACUGUAAGAAAACUGCCAAGACUGAGUCUGUUGUUUAGAACACAGUGAGCCUGGUACUGCUGGUGCUGGUGGAGAGCAGGCACAUGUAGCCCAGGCUAGCCUCUACCUCCCCAGUGCUCAGGUUAGAAACAUGAACCACCAAGCUGAUCUUAAGCCUGAAAUGUUCAUGUUGCAGUCUGCUUUUCCCUGAAAUUCUUCCUUUGCACACCCCAUGUGUCCCCCCACCCCCAGGCAAGAGCAGGGACACAUCAGUGGCACCCUGGGGUCUUGUUGGAGCCCACCCCACCCCCACCCUGCCCUUCCUAACUCUGCAGCUGUCAUCAUGUGCUCAGAAACUGUCAGGUCUAAUCUGCCAUCUCCUCCAUCAGCUCCUUGGAGUCCCCUGGCGACAGGAGCUGCCAGGACAGAGCUGACCCCACCACCUGUCCUGGGCACUCACUAGUGAGACACUAGCUGGACCAGCUUGCCCAUGGCCCUCUGCCAGCCUACUGGUCACAAACCUGGUCUCUGUGCUGUGACACAUGAGCUGCGUGGGUGCUGGGGACAUGCUGUAAUCUGUCUGUGAGGCCUUUGGCCCCACAUGCUGAUAUGUCUCCAGCAGACUGGAGACCUUGAAAGUCAGUGACUUGCAUCAUCCCUCAGGCUGUGGCCCAGAAGCAUGUGUGUACUUCCCUGUCACUGGGCAUCACUGAAGAUGGGGUCAUGUCUCCUCCCUCAGCCUGUUGUCCAGGGAAGCAACUGUACUUCAUCUGACUGGGGGGUCACUGAAGGCAGAGCCAUGCCUGCUCCUACUGGGUGCAGUAGACAGAGAACCUUUCUACAAACUCCAGAUGGGAGGCUUCUCAGGGCAAGCUCUGCCUCUGCCAUCAGACUGUAGGAGGCAAGACCUGACUCCUUGGGAUAUUUGUUUGUUUGGUUGUUUGUUUUUGGUUUUUCGAGACAGGGUUUCUCUUUGUAGCUUUGGAGCUUAUCCUGGCACUCACUCUGGAGACCAGGCUGGCCUCGAACUCACAGAGAUCCGCCUGCCUCUGCCUCCCGAGUGCUGGGAUGACUCCUUGGGUUUUGGUUUUUGAGUGGUUCUCACUCUGUAGAGUAAAAGAAUUGGCUACCAGCCUCACAGACACACUGUGGACCAAUAUACUGCCCCUUCUGUCCCUGUGACUUGGCACACUUCUGCCAAGAUUUGAGGUACAGUCAGGGAGGCCCCAGUUAGUCUGUGUAUCUGAACACUGCUGUGUGUCACACGAUGGAGCCUCACACAGCUUCAUGUCAUGUCGCCAACCUACCGGAAUGUGGAGCCAGUGAGAGGACCAGACCCAGAAGUCCACUGUGAGACUCCAAGAUUGGCAAUAUCCAGAACAAACUGAGGCAGAGACGAUGAUUCAUGGAGACUUGCAGGGAUAUAGGGGUGGAAUGUUCUGGAACUAGAGUUCAGGUUUCAUGGCUUUUCUGAUAAACUGUAUAAGUCACUCAU